AUGAAUAAGGAUGAAAAUACGGAUGCAGUACCUGAACGAGAUGAAACCCUCGCCAAUUUGGCGAGAACAACAAAUGUGUUUUUGCAAACUUUAACGGUUACAUUGAAAGGGCGAGAUAGAAAGCGCCAGGCCCGUGCUAUUAUCGAUUCAGCUUCACAGAGAUCUUAUAUUUUAAAAAGCACUGCAGAUGAAAUGAAAUUUGAGAGUACAUCUAAAGAAAGAUUGAGCCAUUCAUUAUUUGGCGGGUCAUGUACUGAUGUCAUAAACCACGAUGUUUUUACAGUGUUCUUGUCUAAAACGGAUGGAACUUAUCAUUGUAACUUCAAAGCUCUUAGCCAAGAUAUUAUUUGUGGAAGUAUACCACCAGUUGCUAAUGGCGAGUGGAUUCAAGAGCUUAAAGAGAACAAUAUAUCCGUAUGCGACGAUAGUAAUGGACCAAUAGAAAUACUUAUUGGCGCUGACAUUGCAGGCAAGUUGAUGACCGGAGGAUUUAAAUUGCUUACUUCAGGCCUUGCUGCUAUAGAAACAAAACUUGGUUGGACUCUUUUCGGGAAAAAUGGUAUGCGUGAGAUCUCGGACAAUUCCGCACUGCUCGUCACAUCCAUGUUGAAUAAGGAAAUAUUGAUAUCCGAUCUAUGGUCUCUAGAUUCACUUGGAAUUCUAGAUCCAUCAGAGAAGAAAAGUAAACUGGAACUUCAAGAAGAAGCAAGAGAUCAUUUCUUGUCUACUGUAAAGGUGAACGAAGAGGGGCGUUUUCAAGUCAGCUUGCCAUGGCUUGAUAACCAUCUACCGUUAAAAGAUAACUAUGACUUAGCUGUAAAGAGAUUAGCUUCUACAGUAAAACGACUAAAAGCUGAGAAAGAGAAACUUUAUGAUGCUUAUGGAGAAGUUUUUAGUGAAUGGGAACAAGAAGGCAUCAUAGAAGAAGUACCAAAAAGCGAAAUUGAUGUAACAUGCCAUUAUCUACCACAUCGACACGUAGUAAAAGAAAACAGUACUACACGAAUCAGGCCAGUGUUUGAUGCCUCGGCCAAACAAAAAGGAUCCCCUAGUCUCAAUGAUUGUCUAGAAAAAGGUCAGAACCUUAUCGAACUGAUUCCUUCAAUUCUUCAUAGAUUCCGAAUGAACAGAAUAGGAGUUUCUGCAGAUAUACGAAAAGCAUUCUUACAAAUAAGUCUCAACCCUAAGGAUAAAGACUAUCUAAGAUUCUUAUGGUAUAGAACUGAUGGAAAACUGAAGUAUUACAGGCAUUGUAGGGUAGUAUUUGGAGUUACAAGCAGCCCUUUCUUGCUAGUUUCUGUAAUUCACCAUCUUCUAGAAUCCACUUUGAAACAACUAAAUGGAAACCCAAAGUAUAAAGUGGAUAUUAUUGAGCAAUUGAAGAAGAGCUUUUAUGUAGAUAAUUUUGCUUCAGAUACUUUAGCUACAAGAAAGCUAGAAUUACGUGGUUGGGAAUAUAGUGACCCAACAGAUAAUUCCUCUAGUACCACAAAUGUAUUAGGAAUGAUUUGGGAACGAUGUGGAGAUUACCUUUGCCUUAAUAUUACUAACAUCACCUACAAUCUACCAGAAAUUUUGUCUAAAAGAGAGAUUUUAGCUACUACACACAAAAUAUUCGACCCUUUAGGAAUAGCUUGCCCCGUAACUCUUGUGCCGAAACUUUUACUUCAGCACCUAUGGGAAGUUAAGUUAUCUUGGGACCAAGAAGUUGAUUCAAAUUCAAAAUCACAAUUUUGUAAAUGGUUGAAUGAUUUGCAGUGUCUGGAAGAAUGA